GGCAGGAGACCCUCCCGCAGCGGGAAGGGGGUGGCAGCUCCCCCGGCGAGGAGAAGUGCGGGAGGAGGAGACGGGGAAGGGAGAGCCGGUGGGAAAGACCAGUGCGAGGGAACGGAACGAAGCGGGGAGCGCCAGUAUGAAAUUCAUCCCUGCCUGUUACUUGCUGCCUCUCUUCGCUGCGCUGGUCUUCGGCACUAGACAGGGCUAUGAAGAACUGGAAAGACAGCUGAAAGAAGUCUUUAAGGAAAGGAGCAACAUACUUCACCAACUGUUAAGGACUUCUAAAGAACUUCAGGGAAUUAAAGUAAACCUUCAGUCUCUGAAAAACGAUGAAGCAUCAACCAAAAGCGACGUACAGAAGCUUCUAGAAUUGGGAGCAAAGCAAAGGGAAGAAAUGAAAUCUCUCCAGCAAGCCUUCCAAAAACAGCUUCAAGAGGCAACUGAGAAAGCAGAGAAGCAGCAGGCUACCAUUAACUUUUUGAAGACUGAAAUGGAAAGAAAGAGCAAAAUGAUCCGAGACCUCCAAAACGAGAACAAAAGCCUCAAAAACAAGCUCUUGUCAGGAAACAAGCUUUGUGGCAUUCAUGCUGAGGAGUCAAAAAAGAUCCAAGCCCAGCUGAAAGAGCUUCGUUAUGGGAAAAAGGACCUGAUUUUUAAGGCACAGCAGCUAACAGAUCUGGAGCAAAAACUAGCAGUUGCAAAAGAGGUAUUGGAGAAAGCAGCCCUUGACAAAGAGUCACAGCUGAAAGCUCUGAAGGACACGGUGCAGCUCUGCCUGUCCUCCGUUCUGCACAAUCAGCCCGCCCCUGUAAACCUCAUCCCCUCAAAACCAACCGAGAAGCUGAACCCCCCCGUCACGAAGGGCUCCCGAGUCCCAUUUCAAGUGACAAGCUCCAAGGUAUGGUUUCUCUCUCAGCUGUGUGGUUUGGGUGGUUUUUUUUUUAGCAUUUUCUAAAGUUUGUCCUGUAAG